AUGGAGAGCGAGUACAAGAUUCCCAUUCCAUCCCAAGCACGAAUCGAAGAUGCACUGGCCAGAACCGUGCGACAGGUAAUCCAACAGGACUAUACCGGAUAUCAGCCACUAGAUCAUCAAGUUUCCGGGUUUGAAACUGGAAUAAAUUACAACCCACCCGGAGUAAACCCAUCGAUCGAGAAUGAAGGCCCACUCCUGAUGAGGGAACUGUACCUCUGGCUGGACGAAACUCCUGUAGGUCAGUGCGAACCGCUCGUUUCUUUGUUGAGCAGAGCGAUAGGAAUUCGUCACCUAGAGAUCAAUAUCUUCCCCGCUGUCCAGUUUGUUGGUCACAGCGAACUUGCAAGCAUCGCAGCUUUCGAUUCCUUCGUAAAAAUAUUCUAUGCCCAAAUGGAAACCCUUGAGGCCCUGACUGUCCGUAUUUCGUGGGUAAAUGGACCGCAGCUACAGAUUCCAUCUCUACGAAAAUUUGACAACCUUCGUCGCGUCCAUCUAUUCUAUGGCUGGGACACCCACAACACCUUUACAGAAUGCAUGAAGGACGGGAGAUCAUAUUUUCAGUUCAUGUUUCCACAACAGUUAGAGCACCUUAGGAUAGAUAUGUUCAAGGCCAGACCUGGUCUCGAAUUUACUACCUUUGCAACUCAAGUUCCCAGCACAUCGUUUCCGAACCUAAGAAUUGUUCUCGGGUUUGCGAAAGAAAAAAUCCCGGAGGAUAUUACACAAGCCAUAGGAGAUCUCUGGGCGUCUCUCCCUUACCUAGAGGAUAUUGUUUCUGGAGAAUGGGGUGUUGAUGGUCAAAAAGAACCAGGCAGCACUUCCUGGCGAAAAUCCGUCGAUGUUGCGUAUUCGUCGAACUCACCGCAAUCGAAUUAUAGCAGCGUUGAUGAGCCAAAGGAUAUUGAUAUAACCGCAUGGAAUUCAUCGUCCGAAGGAUCGGAAUCCAUUGAACUAGGUACCUGA